CAGGCUCCUUUCCCAGGUUUCCCACAAUCCUUCGCGAAAUCACCUCACGACUCUUUUACCCUCCGCCCUUAACGGUGCCUCAUGUCGGUGGUCUUCCUGCCCGAGCGGGUGCGGGGCAAGGCGGAGGUGAACCAGGAGACGCUGCGGAGGCUGAUGGACGAAAAUGACCAGCUGAUCCGCUGCAUUGUGGAGUAUCAGAACAAAGGAAGGGCUGCCGAAUGCAUGCAGCUCCAGCACACCCUUCAUCGGAACCUCAUUUAUUUGGCGACGAUCGCAGACGCUUCUGCUUCGUCAAAUGCCGAAAAGGCUGCAGCAGAAGGAUAAGGCCGUGUUCUUGGCCUUCGGUGUGGCCCUUCUUUCCUUUCUUGACCAGCAAACGAAUGGCGUUUAUAAAAUUGGCCAAUGUAUGAUUCCAUCCUCCUUUGCAAUGCCACGCUAUUUUAAAGAUCGACUCAUGGAGAAAACAAAGUAUUGUAAUGCCUUGUGAUACAACCAAGGGAAACCUGCCAUAGUGUAUGCAGUGACUUGCGUAUUCACUGAGAAGGCUUGGAGGAAGCUAUCUUUUCAGUACAGCGUUUGUGGAAAGGACUUGGACACUUGUUCCCUUUCGUGUUUCCUUAUCUUUCUUUUCAACAUAUUUCCGUUCUUAACCAGGAGAGACAUGUUACAGGCGCUCUAAUGAGUAUUAUUUCCCUUGAAAUGAUCUUUCAUGCAACCAAAAAGCAUUAGAAACAAAAAUAAAUUUAAAAAAUCCUGCAAA